CGUAGAGAAGCGCGUGUUCGACUCGACAGUCGACUCGUGGGCCGCAAAUGCCAUCGCUGCCUUCGGUCUCAUUCCACGACUCGCAAGCUACUACCCGCACGGACGCUCCAAGAACUCAAGAGCUCAAGACCAUGGCGGACGCGGACCAAGCCUACACCAUCCAAGUGGAAGACCCCGAAGUCAAGGGCACCUCGGACAUCGCGGUCGGCAAAUGGGACGCCCCGUUCUGCGGCUGCUUCACGCACUUGGUGCCCAACUGCCUCAUGGUCACCUUCUGCCCGUGCGUCUCUCUGUCCCAAGUGCUGUCGCGCCUUGGCAUGAUGAGUUUUGGCGUUGCCUUGGCCAUCACGAUCCUGCUGGGCUUGCUUGUGGCGUGCACUGGGGGCCUCGGGCAUAUCGUGUUCGCAAUCUGGAUCUGGACGGCACGUUCGAAAACGCGCGGCCGCUUCCAGAUCCCCGGGAGCUGCUGUGAGGACUACCUGGCGUCCUGCUGCUGCGGGUGCUGCGCUCUGGCGCAGAUCGCGACGCAUGUCAAGAGCUACAAGCCCGGAAGCUGCGCGUUCGGACCGCAGGACACGCUGCCGGCGUACACUCGUGGCUAAACUGACGGCUGGAACAAGGUCAUCGGCGUUCUCGACUUAAGUAAUACCACGUAUUUACAUUUC